AUGGAGGUUAAAGCGAUUAGUGUCAAGGAUUUAUCCUUAGAAAACAUUUAUGAGUUAGUAUAUCAGCUAAAACAAUGCAAUGAGAGUGAUCCAGCAGAGACAAGACGUCUUCUUCAAGAUCAUCCGGAACUGGCUCGUGCUGUUGCUCAGGCACAACUUCGUCUUGGUAUGGUUGAAGAGCGUACGGCAUCGGGACUUGCGCCUGCUAAUGCCAUUGGUGUAUCAAAUGAUCUAAUGGAAAAAUUGGACCAAGAGCAGCAGGAGCUGCUGGAACAAGUGCAGAAUUUAGCACCUGAGAUCAUCCAGUCUUUACCACCUGAGGAGCGACGACAAAUUAUGGAGCUGCGUGAGGCGAUGGGGCUUCCACCUCUAUAA